CAGGCUAUGCAAGCUCACACCUUUCUGCUAGCAUUUCGCUUCUCCUGCCUUACUCACCUUCACUUGCUCUAAGCACGCAUAUACUACCCUGCCGGUAGCCUCAAUUCUAUCUAUCACCUCGGGGAUGUGUCUCCCCUUCCUCUGCAGCGGCCGCGACGACCACGGGCGAUCUGGCCGGCAUGGGCGUGCAGUUCCCUACGAAGAUCCAUCCGCCUCCCCCGUGAAACAAGCAAUCUCAGCACCAGCUUACCACGGACACGCUGCAGGGAGGAGCCAUGAGACCAGCAGCGGAGCGUUGCCAGUAUCAUAUGCCGGAGACGGGAGGAUCAAAGGAGCAGCGCACCCUGAGACUAAUUACAAGGAGUACCUUCCUGCCGGUGGACAUCACCAUGGGCCAGUGGCAGCUUCGCGGCCGGCGGAGGGCAUGAUGAGGCAAGCUCCGGCACCGCAGUCCGCCCUCCGGGCUGGAGAAGACGAUGUGGCCACUGCUACCAACUACCAGCUCGACCGUGGUAGUGACCAUGGCGGCGAGGAUGAUCGCAAAUAUCGGACGAAAUCGCGCGUGCCGAUGAUCAGGCACACACAUGGAUCCCACUCGCGCGCUACAGUAUCUGGAAAAUAAGGGCGCGCAAGUUUUCAGCAUCUCGC